UUCGAAGUAUUUCAUAGUCACAACACGAAAACUACAUAAAGACUACACUAAAUUAGGUUUAGAAGUUAUGAUAGAUACAUUGGAGGCCAAAAUUUCUGCGCUGAAGCAGAUACUCAUAUAUCAUUAAAAAAAGAUUAUAGAUUAUGUGAAGAAGGAUAUCAAAGGAUAACUUUCAGCUGGUCGGUAGCUCGUUUGUAAAGUAUGUUUAGUAAAUUGCAUUAGGAUAUCCCCAGUCUCUCCUUCGGCGUCUGCAGCAAUCUGACCUGCUGACAAUCUAUAAGUGCUCGCUAAAAUGGACUUUGACCAGCUCGAGUGGUUCAAUAGGACUAACCAUACGUCGUCCCACCAAAAGAGGCAUAUAGGUUUCGCGCAUCCGGUGAAGCCGGAUAGCUGUGAACGAAUCACCUUCUUAGAUAAAGACGAACGUUGUAAAUACGCUCAUAAUAAUCCGUCGUGCAGAGACCAAGUGUUCAUAAUCAACUACAAUGCAUUCUUCUAUUGCACGUGCGACAACGAUGAUCUGCUAAGCCUGGCCUGCAUCAUAUUGCUGCUCGUCGAGUGCGUGCUACUGUUUUGGGCCAUCUACUUCACCACGAUUCGAUACUUUGUGCCAGCUCUAACGCUCAUAGCGCGUAUGCUUAAUAUGAAUGAAUAUGUUGCCGGCGAGACCAUAAUUACCUUGGGCAACAAUGCUCCGGGCAUUUUUGGCAGCGUGCUUGGUCUGACAAAUAAAUCGCGUCACGCUUACUCAGAUACGAUGUCGGUCAGUCUAUUUAUGGGCGUCUUCACAUCUUCGAUAAUUAUGUGGGUGAAGCCCUUUGCCAUCGAUGCCGUUUACUUUGUGCGUUGUGUCGGCUUCGUCGUGCUCUACGUGACCUUUGUGGAUUUUUCAGUUUUCUUGACCAAGGGCUUCCUGACAAUUGGCUGGGCCGUGUCCAUGACACUCAUAUUUCCCAUUUAUCUCACACUUAUACUCUGCGAUCAGUAUAUGCAAAAUCGCAAGGACAGGGAGCACGCGAGUAAUCUGAGGAAUGCUGAAAGUUCCGCUGUACCCGUCACCGGAGAACCUGCGAAUAUCAGAUCGGAAAUGGCUUCACGUUCGCCCAAUGACAAGUUAUUUAGACAGUUCUUUCGCAUCUUCAACACUUUGGACAAAAAUCGCUUCAACAGCGCUUGGACGUUCUGCAAAAUGUGGGCCUUGUUUAAGGUGCUGCCGAUGAUUGUCUUGCGCGUACUGAUACCAGAAAUCUACUUGAAUCAAUCGUCUGAAUCAUAUUCAAAGCUGCUUUGCUGCAUUCAGAUCACCUUAACGCCCACAUUUAUCGUCGUCUUAUUCGUCGAUAAAUUUGAGAGUCUGCGCGGUUGGAAGCUAACUGUGAUUAUUAUGUGUCUGGUCAUUCUACUGCCAUUCUCGUUUAUGGCGUUUUCAUUUUCGCGCACCGAUACGGUGCCGAAAUGGUACAAAUUCACGGAGGCCCUGAAUAUCCUGGGCUGCUUUACGGUUCUCUUUACGAUGACCAUCGAACUGAACGCCUUGCUUGAAGCCGUGGGCAUUGUACUAAGUCGCAGUCACACCUUCAUUGGCUGCACACUCUACACCUGGGGCUCUGGAUGGUCGGAUCUUCUGAUUAAUUUGAACAUGGCUCGGAACGGCUUACCUCGCAUGGCCUACGCUGCUUGCUUUGGCUCCAUUAUAAUCUCUAUCUUCUCGUCAGUUUGCAUACCUUAUCUGUACUCCACCAUAACAUCUCCUCGCAAAGGUGUCGUUUGUUAUGUCACUGAGGGCACUCUUGGCUCCACGGCCUCCUGUUUUCUUGUCACAGCUCUAAUUAUUAAAAUUCUGUAUGCUACUACAACUAACUUUAUGUUGCGUCGAACUGGAGCAUUGCUGGGCGUCGUCUUUUAUUCGCUAUUUCUCAUAUUUUGUUUCUUCAGCGAGUUUGAAAUAGUCCACGCAUAUGGCACGGAUCAUACUCUGGACCACACCCAUUUCGAUGAGAGCUAUAGCAACUGAGCUGAAACAAGUUACCAGGCAAUCGUCAAUCAGUCGAAAUUAAAUCUGAAUAAAUUUGUUGAGCAGCUUAGCUUCAUUUACCACUUGUGCUUAUGUAGACUUGCAAACUAUCAUAAUGUAAUAAACUAUUUUUACGGAAUAUGUCCUAGGGAAAUA